GUACCCCGGUGUGUCCUACCUGUUAGAUUGGCAUCUCCAAGUUCAUCUUGAACCAUCAAAUCUGUUCAAUACUUCUGAUUGACGUUGGAAAUGGAGAUUUGUGUCUAUACCCAGUAUGUUUGGGCAACCAUCAUCGGAAAUUUGUGUAGGCUCUGAUAAAUCUACGAAGAGUAAUUCGGGAGCAUACCUGGCGACAGAUAUCUGGGGAGCUUCAGUGGGUAGAUACCGAAAAGCAAAGCUACCCCUGACCACUGUUUUAAACUGGGGUAACUAAUGAGAAUAGCUAGAAUCACCAGUGACCAGAGCUUAUAAGUUCGUCUACCGAGCCAGCGAGCCUAGCACUGUAGCUGGUAGGUAUCUGACCGUUCCGAAGGAUGAGCUACAAAAGAUACAAUGUUAUAAAUUAUCACAACUAAAAAUUUCUACUAUGGAAUCUGCAAAAGCUACAGCGUGAAUUUAUUUUCAAAUUAACACUUGAAGAGAGUUCUUCUGGACGGGAUUUACUCGGGAUUCAAUAAAUAUUUAUGAACCACCUACAUACAGAAAGCACAGCAGACACGGGUCUUACACCAAUAUUAAUUUGUGGGUUGAAUAUUUUGACCCUCUAGCCAGUGCUAAGCCAGUCAUGAUGGCAACACAUCGCCAUGAGUAUCGUCAGUGGCCAUUUCUUACGGAAGAAGAGUUUGAGCUCGCCUGCGCGUUUCUUGAUCGAAGAUAUUGUCGAGCAUCAUUAGGGCCCGCAAGGAAGAACCUCAAGCUGUCCAUGGGACGUACAGCAACUACUGGGUCAUGCUAUAUUGAAAUCAUUCGAUUGAUUCAUCCACCACAAGAUGAUGAUGAUCUAUUACUUGCUCUUCGCAAUUUGAGUAGUGGUUAUGCUCCAAGUUCUGCUCCGAGUCAAGAGGUGGAUAUGAUGGAUGAGGAUGAAGACGACGAGGUACUGCGUAUAAACAAGUCUUCGACACUGGGGAGUGAUGCCAUCUCCCGAUACAGUCUAUAUUCUCACCAGCCUUACGUUACUUAUGAGAUUCACCUACAUCCCACUUAUAGAAUACCGACUUUGUGGUUUACGCUUCACGAGUUACCAAAUGAUGAGCCUGCGUUUGACAUAAAUACUGUUUAUCGACAUCUCGUACCAGAAGAGUACAAGAGUGAACUUCGAGCAAUGGGAGUUAUGGGUGGAAUUUCCGCUGCUCCGCACCCCAUCACAGAUGUACCGGCAUUCUUCAUUCAUCCAUGUCAAACCAGAGAGGCAAUGGAGAAAUUCGACUGCCCGGCAAGUAAUUAUUUGAUGGUAUGGCUUGGCUUGAUAGGUGGUUGUGUGGGGCUAUGGAUGCCUCAUGAAAUAGCUCAGGAAGACCUGUAGAAAAGAGCUUUUGACGUUCUGUUUCCUCAAAGAGUUUCGUCUCCACUGAGCAUAUAAUACAUGGAUCCAGGAUAUCACAUAGAUAUUGAAGCUUCAUGUUUGCUCUGUGGACAUGCACCGACAAAACCAAUCACACGAUUGAAACAUUACCAGCUAG